AUUGGUUCGUACCAUGUACAUGUACAUGUAAGUUGAUUACACGUACACAUGUAGAAUCUUGAAGUUUCGCUGUAAUCCUUUUACAUUUGUCACCACUGUAACAAACUAAAGAGGAAAUUUAUAAAGUAUCUAUAUUAAUGGAGGCAGUACUGUGCAACAGAAGGAUUAAUGUUAGAUGAGGAAUUUACGACACGAAGGAUUGGAGUCGGGCGACAUUCUGGCUCAGGAUGAGUGGAGAGUGCGUGGAAGGUGUGGGCGGGGUUGUAAGCCCCAGCGACGGCGGGUCUGCUGCGGUGGUCGUACCACGCUUAGAUCGUUCAGGUUACUCGUUCCUGCAAAAGGUGGACCCAAACAGCUUUGCUUUUAAAUACUUCCUGUCAGCCUGUGCGGCUACAGUGGCAGAAUCAGUAACCUACCCGUUAGAUCUAACCAAGACUAGAUUACAACUGCAAGGAGAGCAUGCAGCAGCAAGACAUUAUGGGGCCACAGCUGAAGCUGUGCCCUACAGAGGAAUGGUCAGGACAGCCAUUGGUGUUGUUCAAGAGGAAGGACUCUUGAAGCUGUGGCAAGGAGUAACACCAGCAAUAUAUAGGCACAUUGUGUAUACAGGAUGUAGAAUGGGUGCCUAUGAAUACAUCAGGGAAAACAUUCUCCACAGAAACGCAGAUGGGAACUUUGCUGUCUGGAAAGCAGCCUUGACAGGAAUGAUUGCUGGGGUCAUCGGUCAGUUCAUUGCAAGCCCCACUGAUCUGGUCAAAGUUCAGAUGCAGAUGGAAGGGCGAAGGGUUCUGGAGGGGAAACCACCAAGAGUGAAGAGUGCAUUUCAUGCAUUCUCCAACAUUCUGAGGGCAGGAGGGAUUCCUGGGCUCUGGAAAGGAUGGGCACCCAACUGCCAAAGAGCAGCGCUAGUCAACAUGGGAGAUUUGGCCACAUACGACUCAUCUAAACAUUUCAUACUCAGGCAUACCAGUCUCUCUGACAACUGGGUUACGCAUAGUCUGGCAAGUUGCUGUUCUGGUCUGGUGGCCGCCUCUCUGAGUACACCAGCUGAUGUGAUUAAAACACGGGUCAUGAACCAGCCUACUGAUGCGAGUGGGCGGGGCUUGUUGUACAAAUCUUCCUUGGAUUGCUUACUCAAGUGUGUGCGCAAUGAGGGAUUUUGGACGCUGUAUAAAGGUUUCUUCCCCAUCUGGGCCAGAAUGGCUCCCUGGUCUCUGACCUUCUGGGUCUCAUACGAAGAGGUCAGGCGCCUGACAGGGGUAAAUUCCUUCUGAUUGUUGACGAACCCAACAAGCACUUUUGAGUUUUCCCAGUGAAACCCAGGAGUAUGCCCACCAUUGUCUAUUGGCUGUCACCCCUACCCUUUGACUGAAUGCAGACAGAAGCUCACACUGGCGAAAUGAAAGCAGACAUUGAGGGGUAAGGUUGUAGGCAGUCCACAAGCAGUGUUACAUUGUGGUGGUAUGUGCACCCAAGGUUGUGAAGGUGAACUGUAAAUACAGAAACCCCAACUUGAACUUGUUUUUACAAAGGGACGAGGUGAAAUGAUGAAAAGAUGGCAGUCACUCAAACAAUCGGGUUUGUGACUGCUUGGUUGCACGUGCACAUGCUCUACUGCGCUAACCUUACAUACCUAGUGUGGACUUGUGAACAAAAGAUGUCCACACGACGCAGGAAAGGAAGAC